AUGGGUCCUACUCCCGAUACUGAGACCGCUCGCACACCUGAGUCAGUUGACCUGCGCCCCAGCACGACUACCUCAGCGAGCAAGGAGAAGGCUGGAAAGGACCUUAGCCGUACCGACGCCGCUGUCGAGGCGAAGGAUGGCUACCUGUCUGAGCCAUCUGACCGACAGGACGAGGCGGUUCAUGUUGCCACAGUUGCCACCCCAGCCACAGAUGGGGCCGAGAUCACCGUUGCCAUCGCCAUCGAAAAUAGAGACACCACCGACUCCAUUCAACCCGCGGAUGCUGCUGAUGCCAAGGAUGAUGCGGACGACCCUGAGAACGGCAUCUUCGUCAUCGAAGCCAUCGUUGGUCAUCAAUGCGACCCUGAUGAUCCCACCCUCUUCCAGAUGCGAGUGUGCUGGAUGCACGGUAAGCCGACGUGGGAACCCGAGUCAAGCAUCCAAGAGGAUGCGGAGGAAGCACUCUUUGCAUACUGGGACACCGUAGAGGGCGGUCGCGAAGGCGCUAUGGUCGACAUAAAUCUUUGGCACGUGCUCAAGGUCGAGAAACACAAACAGGAGGCUACCGGUACUGUGAAGCUGCAUGUCGCCUGGGUCGGAUCACAUGAGCGUACGUGGGAGCCCGAGGAUCAAGUCUUGCAGAACGCGCGCGAGCUUGUUGAUGACUACUGGGCUACCCGUGGCGGACGUCAGAAGCACGUCAAGUCCAUUGCCAUACCCGUUAAGAGGAAACACCGCUACCUCGGGGGCUCAGUCGACGUGGAGCAGGUUGCCGGGGCGGAGGAGCUGGCGGGUGCGGAUGGAGAGCCUCCAAACAAGAGUGGUCGUAUUCGUGGCGACAACAAACCGACUUCACAACCAGUCCACGCCGGAAGUUAUGGGGACAUCGUCGGUCACCUGCCGUGA